CAGAGGAGCCAUGGACUGCAGCCUCGUGCGGACGCUCGUGCAGAGAUACUGUGCUGGAGAAGAGAAUUGGGUCGACAGUCGGACCAUUUACGUGGGACACAAGGAGCCCCCCCCAGGUGCUGAGGCCUACAUUCCACAGAGGUACCCAGACAACAGAAUAGUCUCAGCCAAGUAUACGUUUUGGAACUUCAUACCCAAGAACUUAUUUGAACAAUUCAGAAGAAUCGCCAACUUUUAUUUUCUUAUCAUAUUUCUGGUACAGUUGAUUAUUGAUACACCCACAAGUCCAGUAACAAGUGGACUUCCCCUGUUUUUUGUCAUUACUGUCACGGCUAUCAAACAGGGCUAUGAAGACUGGCUUCGCCAUAAAGCAGAUAAUGCCAUGAACCAGUGCCCUGUUCAUUUCAUCCAGCAUGGCAAGCUAGUUCGGAAGCAGAGCCGAAAGCUGAGAGUUGGCGACAUCGUCAUGGUCAAGGAGGAUGAGACCUUUCCCUGUGACUUGAUCUUCCUCUCCAGCAGCCGUGGAGACGGGACCUGCCACGUGACAACUGCCAGCUUAGAUGGAGAAUCCAGUCACAAAACACAUUAUGCAGUUCAAGACACAAAGGGAUUUCAUACUGAAGAAGAUAUAGAUGGCCUACAUGCUACCAUUGAGUGCGAGCAGCCUCAGCCUGACCUCUACAAGUUUGUGGGCCGCAUAAAUGUUUACAACGAUCAAAAUGACCCCGUGGUGAGGCCAUUAGGAUCGGAAAACUUGCUUCUUAGAGGAGCCACGCUGAAGAACACUGAGAAGAUCUUCGGUGUUGCUAUUUACACGGGCAUGGAAACCAAGAUGGCGUUAAAUUAUCAAUCAAAAUCCCAGAAACGAUCUGCCGUGGAAAAAUCAAUGAAUGUAUUCCUCAUUGUGUACCUCUGCAUUCUAAUCAGUAAAGCGCUGAUAAAUACUGUCCUGAAAUACGUAUGGCAGAGUGAACCAUUCCGAGAUGAGCCGUGGUAUAAUCAGAAAACCGAAGCAGAAAGACAGAGGAACCUGUUUCUCAGGGCAUUCACGGACUUCCUGGCCUUCAUGGUUCUCUUCAACUACAUCAUCCCUGUGUCCAUGUACGUCACAGUGGAGAUGCAGAAGUUUCUUGGCUCGUAUUUCAUCACAUGGGAUGAAGAAAUGUUUGAUGAGGACAUGGGUGAAGGGCCCCUGGUCAACACCUCAGAUCUAAAUGAAGAGUUAGGACAGGUGGAGUACAUCUUCACAGACAAGACUGGCACCCUCACGGAGAACAACAUGGAGUUCAAGGAGUGCUGCAUCGAGGGCCACAUCUAUGUGCCGCAUGUCAUCUGCAAUGGGCAGGUUCUCCCUGGCGCUUCCGGCAUCGACAUGAUUGACUCUUCCCCGGGGGUCAGUGGGAAGGAGCGAGAAGAGCUGUUUUUUCGGGCCCUCUGUCUGUGCCACACCAUCCAGGUGAAAGAUGACGAUGACGUGGACGGGCCCAGGAAGUCACCAGACUCGGGGAAAUCCUGUGUGUACAUAUCAUCCUCGCCCGAUGAGGUGGCCUUAGUGGAGGGUGUCCAGAGACUUGGUUUUACAUACCUAAGGCUAAAGGAUAAUUACAUGGAGAUAUCAAAUAGGGACAAUGACAUUGAAAGGUUUGAAUUGCUGGAAAUUUUGAGCUUUGACUCAGUAAGAAGGAGAAUGAGUGUAAUUGUAAAAUCUGCUACAGGAGAAAUUUAUCUCUUUUGCAAAGGAGCAGAUUCUUCAAUAUUUCCCAGAGUAAUAGAAGGCAAAGUUGAGCAGAUCCGAUCCAGAGUGGAGCGUAAUGCUGUGGAGGGGCUGCGGACUUUGUGUGUUGCCUACAAAAGGCUCAUCCCAGAAGAAUAUGAAGGCAUUUGUAAGUUAUUGCAGGCUGCCAAGGUGGCACUUCAAGAUCGAGAGAAGAAGUUAGCAGAAGCCUAUGAGCAGAUAGAGAAAGAUCUUAUUCUGCUUGGUGCUACUGCCGUUGAGGAUCGUCUCCAGGAAAAAGCUGCUGACACCAUAGAAGCUUUGCAGAAGGCAGGCAUCAAAGUCUGGGUUCUCACUGGAGACAAGAUGGAGACGGCAGCAGCCACCUGCUACGCCUGCAAACUCUUCAGGAGAAACACACAGUUGCUUGAGCUAACCACCAAGAAAAUUGAGGAGCAGAGUUUACAUGAUGUUCUGUUUGAACUGAGUAAAACAGUCCUACGCUACAGCGGUAGCUUAACCAGGGACAACUUCUCAGGCCUUUCAUCAGACAUGCAAGACUAUGGUUUAAUUAUUGAUGGAGCUGCGCUGUCUUUAAUAAUGAAACCCCGAGAAGAUGGAAGCUCCGGCAACUACAGAGAACUGUUUCUUGAAAUCUGCCGGAACUGCAGUGCUGUGCUCUGCUGCCGGAUGGCUCCUCUGCAGAAGGCCCAGAUUGUUAAAUUAAUCAAAUUUUCAAAAGAACACCCUAUUACAUUAGCGAUUGGUGAUGGCGCAAAUGACGUCAGCAUGAUCCUGGAGGCCCAUGUGGGCAUAGGCGUCAUUGGAAAGGAAGGUCGUCAGGCUGCAAGGAACAGUGACUAUGCAAUACCUAAAUUUAAGCAUUUAAAGAAGAUGCUACUCGUUCAUGGGCAUUUUUACUACAUUAGGAUAUCUGAGCUUGUGCAAUACUUCUUUUAUAAGAAUGUCUGCUUCAUUUUCCCUCAGUUUUUAUACCAGUUCUUCUGUGGGUUUUCACAACAGACUCUGUAUGACACCGCCUACUUGACACUGUACAACAUCAGUUUCACUUCCCUCCCGAUUCUCUUGUACAGUUUGAUGGAGCAGCAUGUCAGCAUAGACACACUCAAGAGGGACCCUUCCCUCUACAGAGAUAUCGCCAAGAAUGCUCUACUCCGCUGGCGAGUGUUCAUUUACUGGACAUUCUUAGGAGUAUUCGACGCUCUGGUAUUUUUCUUUGGUGCUUACUUCAUGUUUGAAAAUGCAACAGUGACCAGCAAUGGACAGAUAAUGACUACCAACACACAUAUGAUAUUUGGAAACUGGACCUUCGGGACGCUGGUGUUCACUGUAAUGGUAUUUACAGUCACACUAAAGCUGGCAUUAGAUACACACUACUGGACUUGGAUAAACCACUUUGUUAUCUGGGGGUCGCUACUGUUCUACAUCGUCUUUUCUCUCCUCUGGGGAGGAAUUAUCUGGCCAUUCCUCAGUUAUCAAAGGAUGUACUAUGUAUUCAUACAGAUGUUAUCCAGUGGCCCUGCCUGGCUGGCCAUCAUUCUGCUCAUCACUAUCAGCCUCCUUCCUGAUGUUCUCAAGAAAGUCCUGUGCAGGCAGCUGUGGCCCAGCGCCACAGAGAGAGUCCAGAGCGCGCGCACCCGGAGUCAGGACCACUCUGACGUCAGCCGUUUUGUCUGUCUGCACAGCCCCAGCCCCUCGGCCACGCAGCCCGGCUCCUACACCAAGCGGGUGACGUUAAUGUGCCCAGAGAGCAAGGAGUGCUCCGUCCUCCCUCCCAUUGUCAGCGUCUCAAACAACCGUCACCAUCCCAGCUGGAGACCCGACUGCCACGGGCCCUGUGGGGAGACCGGUGACGAACAGAUCACCAGUUCAAGCCUUUAAGACCCGCACGCGAGUGUGUGUGCUGUGCACGCGUGUGCUUUUCCGCUGUCCCCAAAGGAGGAAGAAGGGGCAACAGGACCUGUCUGGAGUGCAUAGGCUGGCAGUCUGCGUGUUGUUCACAGGCCUAUAGCCUUGUGCAUUUAGUUGGACUGCUAAAAUAAAAAGGGCGUGCACAGGGCCUGGCAUAUCCGCCCAGGUCAGGGUCUCUGUGUCUGCGCCUGAGGAGGACAUCUGCUUGGAGAUGGGCAGUCCAGCUUUAAGCAGGAGGCAGUCAUGUCCACCCACCGUCAUUUAAGCACAGAUGUGACUUACCCUUGCCAUGGGACCAUGGUCUGGCCUCUGCACUUCCUCCAGAGCCCCUGACACCUCUGCUUUUGGCACAGACGCAGAUAGUCCUGCAUCCAUUUCCCGUUCGAGUCGCAGACUGUGCUGCUGCUUUUGUUCAGAACCCUCCACAUACUGAAGUGAUGUUUAGGGUUGUGUCUGAUUCGAAGUGUGUUUCUCUGAGGGAGUUGUUACCCUGUAUGUUUUGGAGUAUCUUAGUGUUUCCACAUGUCUUCCUUUCCUGGCCGUCCCUCAGCUGCCUCUGUGGAGGGAAAAAAUGAGUAUUCACAUGGGAGGGAUAGGCAAUACUGUCCAUUUAAGCUUUCCCAGUACGAGUUUUGAGAUAGUUAUCGUCACACUCCCAGGGGUAAAGCUUAUCAGUUUACUGCUGUUGGAAAAUGUUUAUUUCAUGGGUGUUAGGGGAAGGAUGGUGGUCUGGGAUGCCCUGGACAGAUACCGGCUGUGAUGAUCGACUCCCUUUCAAUGACCUCAUAGACAGGUGGCCUCUGGGGGUGGUGUUCAUCUUCCAAAAUCUAUUUCAGGCCAACAUGAGUUUGCCCAUGAGAAGGCCUGCGAGUUCUAAAAAGCAAUAUUGCCACUCUAGACUGCCACCUCCCUGGUCACUCUGACCGGACCGUGCCCUGGGUUUUCUGUUCGAUCUCUGCUUCGUCUUGGCGUGCUGUCCAGUGGGUAAGCCGCCAGGAGGCUGCUGUGUUAGAGUCCCUGUCACUUUCCUGGUAUCUCCCUUUCUAGAAAUAGCCUAGUUGACGUAGCCUUAAUGGUCCGCAAAGAAGACAUUUCAGUUUGAGAUUCAAAAUUCAGAUGGUAAAACGGAUGCCUUUUUAGAAAAGUGUCAUCCGGAAGCUGAACUAAAAGCAGGGAACUUGUCUGCUGCCAGACCUCACGCGGUGGAAUCUGGGGACGUUGUAAGUGAGCAGAAUCUGCUUCAGAGAGGUUUGAUGUUAGAUGUUUUUGGAAGUUCAGAUUUCACAGUUUGAUUGUAUAAUAUUUUACCUAAAAUAUUUAUUUGACAUAGGGGAUAAACUAACAAUGAGAACAGUGAACACAGAGUAGUUGGGAUAAAUUGAGGUGGAGUAUAAACACCAUACCAAAGACUAGGUGAUGUAAGUCUGGCGUCAAGUAAGACAGGAUGAGGAGGGCGCCAUUUCCGUCCUGAAGGUUCUCACCACACCCGCCAGUCCCCGUCCAGUCUGUCACUCCCCGUGUUCUGUGUGGUGGCAGCCUCGGCUCUUCCGGUCCACACUAGACCCUGCAAACAGUGGUGUGUGCAUUUUUACAGCCGUUUUUAAGAACCUAAUAUGGGUAUAAACAUAAUACCUUAGGGGGGACAGAUUCUCUGUAUGUUUAGUUAACAAAUUCUUUGUAACGUAUUUUUUUAGAAAUCUUAAAAUUGCCUUUGCACUGAAGUAUUUUCAUAGCUGUUUAUAUCUCUUAUUCAUUUAUUUGUUAACAUACCAUAUCUAAUUUUUAAAGUAU